UUCAUAAGUUGUUGCCAAGUUUUCCUUUUUGCAUUAAUGCGAUUGCUACAUUCUGACACAACACAAUAACUCAUCGUGCAUGUAAUUUCAGUGUCACAACUUUACAAAACUUUAUCGAGUAUCAUUCGGGCGAUGUCGAGAACAGCCGAACUCGCCCGAUUUGCCAGCAGCCUCUCCUUACCGCAAAUCUCAGAACCCCCCUUGUCUAAGUUCGUAGCAUAGGCUCCGUCCAUAUAUUCCUAUGUCAAUGCUAUAGCUAAAGCGCAUCUCGAACGAUGGCGACCGGCAACGGUCGAAUCGUUUUUCACGCGCCAUACUACUUUAAAACGCGACCUGCGAAAACGCCACGCUCGUGGAAGCUCGCCUUGGGAAGAAUCCAAAUGUCCCAAUGAAAAGUUCCUAGGAAGCGCGGCCGCCCAUUGGCCCGCGGAAGGCGGGCGCACGAAUCACGCGCGCGUCUCGCAGCUCGUCGGUCUACGCGGGACCCGUGCCGGCAGCCCUGGCGGUUGGUGAGCGCGCGUGCGCUCCGGCCGGCCGCCAUUUUGUCACGUUUAUUUCUAAACGUGUCCCCCACCAGAUUGAAAACAACCGAAGGUCGACGCUGCUCUCGGAUCGCGACGCAGUGCUCUUGGUUAGGUUGCUGGCUGCGUCGUACGUCCCGACUUGAACAUGAUUUCAGUGAUCAAGUAGCUUGGACGAAACGACACCGAGAUGGACGUCGCCGGAGAUCUAAACCUGCAGUGGGUGGGAGACGUGGAGCUCCACGAGGAGGUGAUAUGCAGCCUGGGUGCGCAACUGGUGGCUUCGGAGGAGGAGGUCAUAGGUGCCUGCGAGGAGGUGGCGGUGGAGGAGACGGUCGAGUCCGUUGCCGACGUGGUGGUGCCCACCACCGAGUCCGAGAUACUGAUGGUGCCUCAGACCAAUGACAUGGAGUCGAUUUAUAUCGUGCCGCAGGAUCAGGGGCACGACUACCUGAACAUACAGGUGACGGAGGAGGUGAUAGCUGACAACUGGGACAGGCCUGUCCCUGAUGACGGGGUUGAGAUUCCGGAGGCAAAGAUGACAAACGACAAUCUGUUGGAGUACGACGACAUGGAGAUACCGUUGCCGAUCGACCAGGAUUCCUAUACCAACAGCCGACCGUACCCCUGCGACUUUUGCAGCCGGAGGUUCCGCAAGAAGGCGAACCUGAUGAAUCACAUGCUGACGCACCAGACGGACCGGCCGCACGGCUGCAAUCUGUGCGGAGCGCGCUACGUGCGCAAGUGCGACUUGAACAACCAUCUGAAGAUCCACGCGUACGCGCCGUCGUCGCGGGACGGCCUGGACGACGACCUGAACGACGAGGACUCGCUGGUGGCCGAGGAGGAGGAGACGACCGCCGGCAGCGCCAAGGGCAGGCGCAAGAAGGUGCAGUCGAGCGCGCCGCGCAAGCGGAAAACGACCAACACGGUGGCCAACCUACCGAAGCGCAACCCCGCCGAGGGCAGCCUCAAGAUGGAGAUGGGCAAGUAUGUAUCUAGGUCGUCCACGCGGACAAUCGCGGGUGACGAUGUCGGGGCUGGUUUGACUGACUCAAUCGUGCAAUUUUGUAGCGGCAAUUACGCGUUCAGCUCGAGGUGGCAGAUGGAGGAGAUGUCAUCUGUCACCGGUGAGCAGCAGCCGCCGCAGUGGCCGGUUACCGAUCCAACAAAACCCUACGUCUGCCAGUACUGCGGCGUGGGUUUUGCUAGGGAGAAAGCGCUGGCGUCACACUCCCGUAUCCACGGCGGUGACAGCCCGUUUGAGUGCAUGUCGUGCAACGAGAUGUUCUGGGACGUUAACAGUAUGCGGGAACAUAUGCGUGUGAAACACGGCGGCGCCGUACCACAGCAGGCGGGAUCCGACACGGAGGAGUACGACAAUGACGCCACUUACACGGGCGAUAGCGAGAAGUUCGGCGAAUAUUACUGUAGCACUUGCGCGCUGCCGUUCCACCGGCUGGAUCUGCUUAAACGCCAUCAAAAAACUCACAUGAAGCAAGAGGAAUCCGUGGAGGGUUCCAGCCAGCAUCACGUGUGUAACGUCUGCGGGGAGUGGUUCGAGGAGGCAUUAGCGCUACUCGCACACGCGGAAUUUCACGCUUCAAGAUCCCCUAGUCGUCGCUGCCUGCUGUGCGGGGCGAGGUGCCGCGACGAGGCGGAAGUCGCCGAGCACGUGCGGCAGAAUCACGCGGAGGACGCGCCGCCGAACACGUGCACCCUGUGCGGCAAGACGUGCAAGGACAAGCGCAGCUUGCUGAAACACUCGUGGGUGCACAACGUCGACAAGACCUUCGGCUGUACGAAGUGCGGGAAACGCUUCCACAGUAAAGCCCGAUUGCGAAGACACAUGGUGUCGCAUCGCAACAAGAUGGUCGCCUGCGACGAGUGCGGCGAGGAGUUCCCCGACGGACGAGCCCUCGUGAGCCAUCGGCACUCGCACAACAAGGAGCAGGGCAGCCGCACGUUCCCCUGUCGGGAGUGCGGCAAGACCUUCGGCAGUCGCAGCUCCCAGCAGAUCCACAUACGCAUCCAUACGGGCGAGAGGCCGUACGGUUGUCGAUUCUGCUGGAAGGCAUUCGCCGAUGGCGGCACCCUGAGAAAGCACGAGCGGAUUCACACCGGCGAGAAGCCCUACGGCUGCAUGAUCUGCCCCCGCGCCUUCAAUCAGAGAGUGGUUCUCCGGGAGCACGUGCGCUCCCAUCACUCUGGCCCGGACCCGAAAUGCGUGGGCAGCGCGACGCCGUAUCUGUGCAAGGUGUGCGGCGAGUCGUUCGGCACGCCAGAAGAGAUCGUGGCGCACAUAGUGCAGCACUGCGACGACAAUACCGCGCUGAGGCGCCAGCCGCAGGCCGGACCGCGCAAGUACAAGAGGAAACACAAGCUGAAGCCUAACGAGACGAACACGGUGGUGCGCAGGAAUGAAUUCUCGUACGACAUGCUGGAGGGCGGCGCUGGCGGUAGCGCCGGCGCCGGCGGCGUCGCAGGCGCGGCCGGUGGUGUCGGCGGCGCCGGCGGUUCCGACUCGGAGGACAACACCAAGCGGAAACUCGGCAGGAAGAACAAGCAGCAUCGGUCGAACGUUGAGGAGGGCUACCAGAACGUGCUGAAGAGCUUCGAGAGCUCGCUGCAGAACAUAAACUCCGUGAUCGUGAGCAACUCGAAGCUGAACACCAAGUCGAAGCUGUCGAAGAAGAAACUGCGCAAGGAGGAGAAGAAGCAGGAGGCGCAGGCGUCGAACCAGUCGGGGCGGCCGAAGAUGAUUCACACGCAGAAGACGCGGGUACCGGUGGAAGUGGGUAGCGACGGCGCGAAGAAGGGCCAGAAGACGAAGACGAUGGUGACGCGUACGCCGAAGGUGAUGCCGAACGAGCACAAGUCCGGCGUCUUCCCGGGCGGCGAGCGGAAUCGGCCGCGCACGAAGAACGUCAGCUACCACAUCGACUCGGGCAAGUUGCAAUUCACACCGGCAACGUUUACGAUGAAGACGGAGAGGGAGGAUGCUGUUGCGACUGCGAAGCAACAGCAGCCGGUGAACAUCAAGAUCGAGCCAGGCACGCAGAAGGCCGCCGGCGACAGCCACAGGAACAACAACGGGAACAUUCUGGCGCUCGGUAAGACGCAAGAACUGCCGAGCAAGAAGAAGCCGGCCGCUGUCAGGAGGACCAAGAGGCAGAAGCAGUUGGCGAUAAAGAAAGAAGCUGGUUUGAACGCCGAGUCGAUCGCAGGGAAGCAGCAGGCACAGCAGCAGCAUCAGCAUCAAGUGCAGACGAGAAGCAGCAGUAAUAACGCGGAGAUCAGCAGCGACCCGGUGCGACUGAUGGAGCACGCGAUGGACGGCAGCAACCUGGAGGUCGCGUUCGAGGCGAGCGUCGUGACCGCGCGGGAGGAGGACGAGGAGGAGAGCAUUCUGCCGCACGCGAUCGACGAGAUCAGCAAUGGCGACAACUCGGUGAAGCUCAGUGUGAAGGUGGAGCCGGCACCGCAGACGCGGAUGCUCGCCGUGCACAGUGUCAUUACACCAGUGGACGAUGUCCCGGAGACGAUAAUCCCGGACGCGGUCGAGUACACGUGCGAGAUGUGUGCUGCGGUGUUCUCCAGUCGCGCCGAGCUUCUCAUUCACGUCCCGAUACACAUUUGAUUCGACGGCUUGCCCGAGCCGGAAGGCGGCGCGGAAGUUUGUUCUACUUCUUUAAGUAUACUUGUCUGAUCCAACCCGCAUAUCCCCCCCUUCCGUCACGCGACUCGACGAGGCUCAUCGCGAGACACGAGGCGAUCCGCUUGGACUUCGACUUAGGGUAGCCUGCCGCCUACCUCCCCUUCGUUCUUUGCCCGGCGACACGAGAUCCUUCAUGUCUGCUCCUCGCCGUUUACCCGCAUCUUCUCGCUUUUUUUAUGUUCGGGGAUUCAUCCUUCUUUCAGUUCGGUUACCGCUCUUCGUUCGAGCCUUUUCGUUGCGUCGCGCGCGCGACCGGUGAUUCAAAGUCGCCGACUCGUUUUUGUUCCCUCUUGUUUUAUUUUUAAUGAUACGCAUGGUUAAACGGUCGAGCCAAAAAAAAACGAAACAGAUCAAUUAAACACGGGGCGAACACGUGGCUACAGGUGGUACCAUGACGUGCCAUAUCUCCCUUGAACGAAAUCGUUCACCCUCGGUACGCGAUCGGAGGAUCGACGUGCGACGACGCAGCUCCAAGUUCGACCGUCAUUGUUUUACUCGAUGCGGCCCUGUUUAUCUUCGGAAUUUCUACAUCGAGUCGAGAGUUUGUGAUACCGACACCCCGGCACGACAGCUUUGCGAUUUUGUACUUUGGGGACCGCUACGGAGAAGAGCGAGGGAUGCAUGGGCCGCGAACAGUACAAUUUCCAAUUUGUACGUGCAAUACAAUAUCGAGAUGAGACGGGACAAGGAGGAUCCUCUAUAUUUUAAUAGCUAUUGUGACAACUUAGUUUCUACGUAGAUCCAAUCCGAUUCGUAAUCGCUUUCACCGCGGCGAAUCCGUUCGCUGAAUUGACUCGAGAACAGAAACUGGAGAGGGCAGGGAGAGUAAAGUGUUGAAUUGCCGUCACGCGAGCCACCUUUUAUCCUCAGCGUUCAUCAGUUUUGCGAUUUCAACCUGGGGUCAUCUGUCUGAAAACGUUCGCUCGUUGUAAUUAUAAGCUCGUUACCCUCUUAAUUCAAUAUUUGUUCAAUUCUCUCGAAGAAGAGAAGCAAGAAUAGGUCGAGGAAGAAAGACGCUUCGACUUUACGACUCGUUGGGGAAUGCUCGUUCGAAUUGCGAAUGGGACAGGAGAAAUUAUCACGGGAUUCAGAUAAUGAAUCGAAUGAGCGAAUCGAUCCUCCGCAAGGAUCAUCGAGGACGCGUAACGUUUCUUGUAGAGUCGCGUCCGGAAAUAGCAGCACUGCACAUAGAAUUAUGUGAAUAUCACACUUUUUACUUGUGUCUGCAUGCAGUCUUAGAAUACGAUUAUCUUUCCGUCGUGGGGUGGCCGGUCGCGCGAUCGUUCCCUUGGAAUUGGCUCUCCAAGAACGAGAAUGUCCCAACACUGAUGGAACGUCGUCACGCGUACCGUUUUAUGGGCGGAGGGAAAGACAGCAUCGUCUCGAGAACUCUAUCAUUCGAAGCACUCUUAAAAAAAAAAACUUCAAAUGAAAUGAAAAAACGGACUUUCGUUGGAUCUGACGCCACGCUGAUUUUACAAAAUUAACUAUUUCGUAUUCUUGUACAUAUUCUCUAGUUAUGUUCUUAAUUAUAUUAAUUCUUUUGAUAUUAUAGAAAAGGAGCUAUAUAUAUAUAUAUAUAUACACACAUAUAUAUGUGUGUGUGUGUGUGUGUAUAUAUAUAUACACGGUUACGUAAUUACAUGUAUACUUAUACAGAAAUAUAUCACGCAUUAUAAAUAAAUAUACAUACAUAUUCAAAAUUGUAUGAUAAUGCCGCGCAGAGAGUGGCUGUUAUUCUCGAAAUAUAAUAAAUGAUUAUAAGUUUGUUAUUCUAUUAUAUUGUGUGUGUGUGUGUGUGGCUACGAGUUCAUAGGAGUUCCACCUCGUACGGUUACUUUCUUUCUUUUUUUCACUGCGGUGACGAGUAGAGUUCUUGCGUUCUUACAAGGGUAGAAAGCAGGUAUAAUAUCGGCUAUUUAUUAUUAUGAUUUUAUGUUUCGUUUUUAAUUUUUCGAUUUUACAUUUUCUCCUCGCGCGCGCGCACACACGCUACUACUCGUUACUCAGAGCCGGAGUAGUCUCCACGUGCACUACUCAAAUUGUUUUUUGCAAGCUCAUAAAUUUAUCUUCCAAGUUCGAGUGAAAAGCAUCGAGUCAUUCAGGAGGUCGGAUUCAACACUUUAUGCACUACUCUUGCCAUUUCUCGAGCGUUUUCAAGCCACUCGAUCGAUCGAUUCACUGUCUCGGGGGGCGAUAUUGUUAUCGAUGUGCCGCUUUUAUUGAAUGUGUACCACGUACCGCAUCGCGAUCAUGAUAAUUAUGUGCUGACACACACAGUUGGUUUCGUAUUACGGAUAACUUUAGCGUUGUGGGGAGACGGAAAGAGAGAAUGCACAUUGCGUGAUUAAUCUGAAACCUGCGAUUUCAGAGAAAGAAGAAACGGAAGAGAGAGAGAGAGUAUCCUCGGCUCGACGCGAAUCAAUUUGUACUCUAAGCGAACGUUUGUAAUUGUACUUUCGCGAUGUUGAUUAAGGCAAUCAAUCAAAAGAAAGAGAGAGAGAAUGAGGAAAGAAGGAAACAGGAAGCAAGACGAGAAAAGAAAAAAGACUAGCGCGUGCCCUAUUUUUGUAGUCAAAAACGUAUUUUGAAUACGACGAAAAUUCCCGUGCCGCUUUCUCGGUGCGCGUGUCUCACGGGUAAGAGAGUUCGUGUAAAAAAACGAAGAAAUUCUAUCAUUUAAUACUCUGUGAUGGUAGACGGGAUCGUGGCGUGCGGUGUCUGACUUCGUUUCUGUCUCUUCUGACGGAGAGAAAGAGAGUGGGAAUGGUUGUAAGAACGCGAUGAAUACUCGAUGGGCGACUGCGAUUGCGAGUUGCGGGAGUGAGUCUUUGAGAGAGAGAGGUGGGAUGAGAGAGAUUGCAUCGAUGAGAGCUUGUAUAGUAAAGAGAGGUGCGCUUUAGAAGCGAGAGCGAAAGAGAGAGAGAGAUAGAUGACCAAUGUAAAAUAAAGCAGAAGUAAAGAGAGAAGAGAGAGAAAGUGCAGGAAUAUAUAUGUAAAUACCAAAAUCGUACAUAUAUUUGCACACAUACACACACACACACACACACACGCAUACACACAUAUACGUAUACGGGAGACUGCAAGAGCCCGCGAGCAACUCGUGGCCCUUCCUCGGGAGGGAACCCUCCCUAUCGCGCGCGAUUAACAUUCCUGCGUUACAUCGAAAUCCUCCCGUCUCUUCCAAAAAGAAGAAGAAGAAGAAGAAAAAGAGGAGAGUAAAGAACGAAUUCAUCUGCGCCAAUCCUCAUGAGUGCACGUCACGACUAAGGUAUCGCGGAGCAAGAAGCAGGGGAGCCUCGAGAGUGAAAUCCUCGAGGAAUAGAGGGAGAAAGGGCCGAAAGCGUAAGAGUAGAAUAAAACAUGUACACACCUCCGUACACACACAGGCGCAUACACAUUUUUCAAAUACGAGGGGUUGACUCGUACAUAAUGUAAGUAAUUGUACGACUUCUUUAUAAUCGUAAGGCAGAAAAUCGUAGAGAAAGAUUAGCUGUUUAGAGAAUAAUAGAGUGUCGCAUGAUGAACAUUUCACACGGUUUAAUCAAGAGAGAGAAAGAAAGAAAGAAAGAGGAUUUGUAUGCGAGGAUGAGAGAGAGAGAGAGAGGGAGAAACUGUACGAGAGUUAUAUAAAUGUAUCACUUGAAAAUUGUAAACUAAGCUUCGAGACAUGUAUAGAUUUGUAAGCGCACUUUCAAGGAGGAGUAGCGUCCUUUCUUCAGCGAGAGGCCUGGGAGAGACCGCGGACCUCCCUCGCAGAAACGAAGGAGAGAGGAAGGUAGAGAGUAGACAGGAGGGAACACAUGUGUACAUAAUUAUAUUAUCUUGGACAUGGUAUAGCGGUUUAUUGUUAAUGGUAGUUGUACCUUUCUUUCCCAUUGAAUAAAACAUCGAUAGAUAUAUAUAUUAUA